UUUGUGGCCUGGGUUUCAAUCAUAGACAUACUCCAUACAAUAUCUGUUGCUAAGACUCUCCUCUUGGACGCCGGCAUGUGUGCUCUGACUGAUAAACCACCAUUAAAUCACUAACACUCCAGUAAAUCAAUUAUACCUUCUCACUUUGGAACUUGAAUCAUGACGUAAAGGUGGCGACGCAGACAUUUAACCUGUGUUUACACAGUUAAAAGGUUUUAUAUAUAGCUGUUUUGAACACACCCUUGCUUUUCUAACUCUAAAAUCGCUGUUACCGUGCAACAGCUCUCACAGUGAUCCGCAUCACUUAUGGAGAAUGCCACAAGAGCUGAGCUUGUCUGCAACAACACAGAUGCAUGGGACUGGGUUCACACCAUGCAGCCUGCCUACAUGUCCAUCAUCUGCCUCCUCGGCGUGAUCGGCAACUCCUUUGUGCUGUGUGUGUUCUGCCUCCAGAAGCGGCGCAGCUCUGUGGCCGACAUCUACCUGAGCAACCUGGCAGCAGCUGAUCUCCUCAUGGUUUCCUGCCUGCCGUUCUGGGUGGCAACCAUUAUCAACAAGUUCCACUGGAGGUUUGGGGAGCCCAUGUGCCAGCUUAUCAACAUUGUCAUUGGGAUGAAUUAUUAUUGCAGUGUGCUGUUCCUUACGCUCGUGAGCGUAGACAGAUACCUGGCCCUCACUAGACCCCUGACACAGGGGAGGGAGAGACGGGCCUUCUGGGCACGCGGGAUUUGCUUCAGUAUCUGGAUUGCUGGCAUCUUGCUCAGUUUCCCUGCUAUCCUCUUCCGCUCCGUGGAAUUCUUCCCUAGUCUGGGCAUUGACGCAUGCUUCCUUGCAUAUCCCCAUGAAGGCUGGAGGCUGCGCUACAACAUGACUGUCAGCACAGUAGGCUUCCUUAUCCCUGUUACCAUUGCGUCCUUCUGUUGCUACCACAUCACUAAAGUCCUUCGGAGCAGCCAGAAGAUGAGAAAAGGCAGCAGAGGCAGCGUGGAAAGGAAGGCGGCGUACCUCGUUCUCGUCGUUCUGGCUGUGUUCGUGCUCUGCUGGCUGCCAUACCAGGUUCUGGUCUUCUUGGACACCUUGGAUCAUUUCAAAAUCAUCUCUGGAUGUACGUGGGUGUAUGUGUUGGACAUUGGAAACCAGUUGGCGACUUACCUUGGCUAUAGUAACAGCUCAUUGAAUCCCUUCCUGUAUGUGAUUGUGGGGAAGCACUUUAAGCAGAGGGCACGGGAAGUGUUUAGACUAAUGUUGUGCAAGAGGAAAAGGCAGUGGGGGAAGUCCGGUCAUUCCAAUGCCAAUCUCAACUCAACUAAACAAACUGAGAGUACUAAAAUCUAAAUCUACCAACACAUAUUGAGAAUACUUUGACCAAAAACAGCUGUUAAAAAAAUCAAUUUAUUUAACAGAUGGUGUCUUUUGUAUACACUUACCAUCAUACAGUCACAUUGCCACUUAAAGGAAUAGUUUGACAUUUUGGGAAAUACACUUUAUUUGCUCUCUUGAUGAAUUAGAUGAGAAAGUUGACACCACUCUCAUGUUUGUAGGCUAAAUAUGAAGCUACAGCCUGCAGUCUAUUUUGCUAAGCUUCUCAUAAAGACUGGAAAGAGCCUGUUAUUUGUUGUGAGGUGACAAAAUUAGCCUACCAGCACCUCUAAAGGCUGUUACACACCGGGGGCGUGAUGAAUACGCAAAAAUGCAAAAUACUCGCCUGCGAAUAUUAUAUAUCUAGGGCUUUUAUUGUGAAAGGUAAGAACGGAAGGAGUAGAUUGACUGCGCUACUUAUGUGAAUGUCGCUUUUUGGCAGCGUAAUAUUUGUCUUCUAUUUUUCAAGAAAAGGAGUUAAGAAAAUAUAUUGACAUGUGAAUUAAUCGCACGAAAAAAACGCCACCGUUGUGUAUUGGCUUUAAAGCUCACUAAUUAACAUAAUAUAUAGUUUGUCACUCCGUACAAAAAGCAAAAAAUAGUCUGUUUCAUAACCCCCCUUAAAACCGUACUUUGUAGUUUUUACACUUUUGUAUGAAUUAAUUAAAUGAGAUACAAUGUGUUGAUUCGUGAUCUUAGAAGUGCAGAUUAUCUACAUUUGGACAGAGCCAGGCUAGCUGUUUCCCUCUGUUUCCAGUCUUUAUGCUAAGCUAAGCUAACCAACUUCAUAUUUACCAUACAAACACGAGAGUGGUAUCAAUCUUCUGUAAGUAAUCUGUUGUGAGAUAAAAUAAUUCAGAUUCUCUUUAUUUGAAAAUAACCUCUAAAACUAACUUUGUCAAAUAUUUGUCAUUAUACUGUACUGUGUUGUGUUUGUCAGUCUUGAACUUGAUGUCAUAUGAUUAUGAUUAUUUUAAAUCAGAGCAGUUCCACUUCUGUUGUUAAACAAAAGCCAAGGUUGGCUGUCUUAAAGCUUAAUUUGGUGGGCGUAAUCUGAGGCUGUGCUUUCUGUUUCUAUAGCUACCAUCUGAUUGUUGCUGAUUGUUGUUUUUCUAAGACGUUGGAGUUUGUUUUCUUGGGCAACUUCCUAGGUUGAAACUGGCUCUUACUCCAACUGAUGCCACAAAAUAUUUGAAGUGAAUCCAGCAUGUUUUUGUGUUAUCCUGCAACUGUACUGUGUGUGAAGAGUGAAAUAUAACUUUGGCUUUUGCUCUAUCAGUAUAUAAAAAAAUAGAGUGAACAAUAUAUCAACCACAAAGCAUUUGAAUUCCUGAAGAAAAAAAUGUCUACUAAGGCUUUAAAAAAGAUAACUUUAAUGUUUUUCAAGAUAAUUCAACAAUGUAUGAGUGUUUCUUGUCUUCAAUAAAGUAUC